AAGGCACUCAUAACUUGCAGGAUGUAGCCUUCAAUGACGGGUUUCAAGAAAACAAUCAUGGAAAAAAGGGUCUAUAGUUCAACAUGUGCACAAAGGGAUUAUCGGAAACAAGAAUGUGGGUACGCGUGAAUGAACUGAAUUGUGUGUGGACACUGAACCUGGCGUAUCUGAACUAUACCCCUUAUGAUGACCGAAACAAAGUACACCAUUCAAGUACUUCUCAAACUGACUCACUCAGUGUUGACAUGGUGGAAUUGAAACUACCUACCUACGGUGAAGACGUCGGACAGAAAUAGCAGCCUUAAUAUACAUGAAAUAGGACAACGAUUACUUCACCAAAACGAAAUGACUAAGGCGACUGACAGGAAGAGUGACUUCCUCCGUUGCACUUUUGCCAAUGUUGCCUGUCCACAUUCCACUACUCUAUUCUCAGGUAGGACUGAGCCAUAUACAGAGUAUACCUGUGCGUUCUGGCCGAGUUUCAGGCAGUCAUCAGCUUCCGCAGCUAGUGGACUGAGCUAUCCAGAUCGUAACAGCUGACUUUAGACUAUUUCUGUACCUGAGCAGUCUUAGACUGGACUGUAGAAAGAUUCUGAUCAUCUCAAUUGCUUGAUCUCUACACCAGAGGGACUUUGAACAUGUAAACACACACUCAUGUUCCCCUGUAACGUACACGGCUACUGUAUGAUAUCAACAGUGUCUAUGAUAAGGGGAAGAAGUUGGACACUUAACAGCGACUCUGGUGUAAACAGUUGAGGGAAGGUGCAGUACCAGGAGAUAGGCCUACUGGGCAGGAUGAGUUCCAGGGGUGCCAGGCCCUCUUCUCCCCCCAGCUCGCUGGAGCGCCCGGCUUCACAGGACUCCAUGGAGGACUACUGGAGCGAGGUCAAGAACAUCGAGGAGGAUGGCGAGCAGGGCCACGAGGACCUGCUGGAGAGGGGCAGCAUGGAUGAGGCCGAGCUUGAGGAGGCGUGGCUGCAGGAGGCGGGUCUGUCCACAUUGGUGUCGGGGGAGUUGGGGGAGGGGCCUGCAGAGGCGCUGCUCUCCACGCUGACACGCUCGCAGGCAGCCAUGGUGAAGAAGCGUGUGGACAACUACACCCUGACCAUGAGGAAGAGGAACAAGCAACCAGCCAGACAUGUCCAAGACGUCUUCUCCACGCCAGAUACAUUGUUGGUUGAUCCCAUACCGCCUGUGUCCCCCAAGUCACCCAAUGGACACAUGGCUUCCAGAUGCAUCCACCGGACGUCUUCAAGAGUGCGGCCUGCUUUUCCCAGCUUCUCCCCGGUGGAGAGACGUGUUUCAGAGUGCCCUCCCUCUCAGGAUACCUCUGACACCCUGUCUUUCGAAUUGCCUUACUCCGAGGGCGUCACUGCCCACCGCAGGGGCCGCCAGGGGGACUGCCAGGACUGCCAACGCAUCCGCAGAGAUGACCCCGACCUGCCAACAUUUCAGCUGCCUAGGCCUAAACUAGGCCUCACCCACAUCCAAGAUCUGUCUUGUGCGGACAUGAAGAAGAUUGGCUACAUCUCUCUGAUUGAACUGACCACGUUCUACGACUGCCUGGGCAUUGAGCUCAAACGCAACCGAGCAGCACGCAGCAAGGCCAGAGAAAGUGGUAUAUUUGGAGUUCCCCUGACCACUCUACUGGAGAACGACCAGAAGAAAUUCCCCGGGUCCAAGGUUCCUCUUGUCUUCAGAAAGCUCUUGUCCAAGCUGGAGCAGACAGGACUACAGACUGAGGGGAUUCUCAGAGUACCAGGGUCUGCAUCCAGAGUAAAGCAUCUGCGCCAGGAGCUGGAGCAGAAGUUCUAUGAGGAGCGGUUUGACUGGGAGCAGGUGAGGCACAAUGACGCAGCGGGUCUGCUGAAGAUGUUCAUCAGAGAGCUGCCUUAUCCUCUGCUCACGCUCCAGCACUUACCGGCCUUCGCCGCUGCACAGAGUGUCUCCUCUCCCAGACACCAGAUCCAGGCCCUGCACCUCCUCAUCAUGCUGCUCCCUGAGCCCAAUAGAGACACACUCAAGGCCCUGUUGGAGUUCCUGAGGAAGGUGGUAGCCUAUGAAGAGAAGAACAGGAUGAGUCUGUGGAACGUGUCCAUGAUCGUGGCUCCCAACCUCUUCACCUACCGGGGCAAGAACGCUAAGCAGGAGGAAAUGCAGGCGGCAGCCGGGGCGGCCCACCUCGUACGGCUACUCAUCACAUACCAAGAACUGCUCUGGACCGUGCCCUGCUUUCUCAUCUCCCAAGUGAGGAAGUUGAAUGAGGCUAGCAAGAAGCCGCCCACCUCAGAGAAGACCAAAAGGAAGCUGCUAAUGAUGAGGAAGAGGAACGCUGAGAAGACUGAGAGGAGCGAGUUGACUGACCUCCGAGAAGGGGUCAUCAGGGUUCAUGCCCCACUACAAGCUAAGAUCUCCAUGGCGAUCCAGUUGGACAACGAGACCAAGGCCAAAGAUGUGAUGGCGCGCUUCGAUUAUGAGAACGGUCUUGGCACCAGAAGCACUAGCCAGAGGCCAGUACAGUAUUUGUUUGAGGUCGGAGGAAACAUAGGCGAGCGCUGCUUGGACCCUGAGACUCACCUACUAGACGUGUACCAUGUGAAUCCGCACUGUGAAUGGCUUUUAAAACCCACGACCACAUGAGAACUGAGGACUCACUCACUCAACACAGUCAGCAAACUGAACCACUGCCCUCUUGUGGCCAUCUUGGUGAACUGAGCAUGCAUUUAGACCUUGUUGACUGUAGGUUCAGUUAAGGUUUUAUCCCAAACUAUGGACCAAUAAAAAGAGUGAGAGCUGGAAGAUGAACUAUGGAGAGAGACAUUCUCCUCCUGAAGGAAGGACUCAACAUAGGCCAUGUUUGUGGGAUUGAACCUUAUAACAAACUACUAAAUAGGACAGAAGCACUAUACUCUGACUAGCUGGGUUCUGGAUGGAAGUAUUUGGAGGUGGGACAGCUUUGUGAAGACAUGCCCCACAUACGUGACUGACGACAUCCCAUUGCUUGCCAUUUGAAUUUUUUUGUGCCAGAUAUUCACCUACUGGGUCGUUCCACCAAUUCAGUGCCUUUUUGAGGACAGUAACUUAUUUUACACUACCAUUUCACUAUUAAUGUUCAAUGUUUCUUUUGAAAAAUGAUUUUUGAAAGGAAUAGUCUCGCCACAUUAAAACGAGUGUUCAGUUUACGUAAAAUGAGGGACAGACUAAUCACAUGAAAUAAUAAUCUUCAGAAAUGACUUUGUCAAAGCAACAAAAUAGCACGGUUUUACAAGGAUGGUGAAAUGUUGAGGUUCAGUUGCUUAAAAUGUUCUGAAAAUCAGAGGGUGCAAGGAGGGACACUAGCAAGUCUUUAUUUACAUGAAAAAUCUGAUUGAUUGAAUUUUCCAUGUGGUUUAUAUCAAAGGGCACUUCAUUUAAUAAAACAGGCUUUUAAAAUGCAA